AUGGCAAAGACCCCUGGUUCCACUCUCUGGUGGGCAGGGACGGUUGCUCUCUUUUACUUCGCUCUCAUCGUCGUUGGAUCUGCGUCGUCUCUGUCUGCUGAUGAUAUUCCUGUCAAGGCAGCCUUGGUGGCUUUGGUUAAGGAUAACGACAUCAACGCUACCCUUUUCAGCAUCAAGGAAUUUGAUGACAAGUUCAACAACCGCUUCCUCCACGAUUGGGUCUUCUUCAGUGUCCAGGAUCUCUCAGAGGCAUUCAAGGAUUCGGUUACCAAUGCUACCAACGCCACUUGUAUUUUCGAGGUCAUUCCCGAAGAGAACUGGAACGACCCGGGAUGGGUUGACUUGUUCCAGCAUUCCGUCUCUACGAACACCAACCUGGGCAAAGGCUCUGCAGCUCUCAAUACUAUCGCCAAUAUCCACCAAAUGAACCGAUGGAUCUCAGCUCCUUUUGCCAAAGAGCGAUGUCUCAAAGACUAUGAAUGGUUUUUGAAAGUCGAUCCAGGUGCUCAGCUAGCCCAAAACAUCCAUUUUGAUGUCUUUCGUUUCAUGCGAGACAAUGGCAUCGCCUACGGGUCUAGCCGAGCUGCUUUUGGUCAGGCCAACCUGUCUCCUCUAUCUCCCCAAAUCAAAUCAUUCUUUCAAAAGCAUCCGGAGCUGCUCCAUAAGGAAGCCGAUGUCGCAUGGCUUGUUGAGAACGUUGCAAACCUACUCACGCAGUCCGACCCAUUGGAUGACGGUUUUGAAGACUUGGUAGACGAGGGCAGCGACAAGCUGAGGUCGCGGAACGAGGCGUCCCAUGUUCCUAGAGCCCAGGAUGAAGGCGAGAGAUCAUCUUGGCUCAGCGAGUGCUUUGCAUCUUGGCUAGCUGACAUUCAUGGAAACAGUCUCUCCCCCUCAUUCGAGAUUGGAUCACUCGCUUUCUUCCGCAGCCUUAACCAGGUUGCAUUCUUUGAUCAUCUCGACAAUGCAGGCGACGCCCCACUGCACAGCCUGAGUGCCAGCAUGUCUCUGUCUCAAGAGAGUGUCUGGCACUUCCGCACUAAGGAAACCCAGCUCAGCUCUCAACACGACGGCGACACUCAAACUGAGCGCCGAAACAGUGAGAAGUGCAUGAAUAACUUUGACAACUCUAACUUGAACGGCAGUGCAAAUUCGAAGGGGGAUGCCUGCGAGGCUAUGGCGGCGCUGCUCGAGGCCUGGGACUUAAUGGCCCAGGAUGUAGUUGGGUUCACCGCCGCGCACGUCGAGGCAGUACAGCACAGGUAG